CGGGGUGGAUCAGUGCAUCGCGACUGUUGCCAGUUCAAGAUCAAAUGUGGAAAUAUAACGUCAUCUUUAAAGGGCAGAUCGCAAGAUUAAUUACAAAGUUUUGACGCCACACUUGAGUGUUGACAAUGGGUCUCAAGGAAGAAUGAAGAAAGCCAGCGGUUUCCCUGGGUUGAGUUGAAAGGUUUUGAGAAGCCGGAGGAGUGUGAUUGUGCGGCAGGAUUCAUCGUCAAGAGCGCAGGCAUGCAGAAACCACCAGUUGCCCCCAAACCAAAGAAUGCCCAGCCGCAGAGGCCAGGGCCCUCCCCCUCCUCGACCCCCAAAAGAGAUGUCCUCUCUCAGGCUUCCCUCUGUACACCAAAGACGAUUAAACCAGCUCUGGCCCCUAAACCACCAUGCCUACCCAAACCAUGCCUCAUCACUUCUGUGGAGUCCAAACCACCACGCUUACCCAAACCAUGCCUCCCCGCCGCUAUGGAGUCCAAACCUCUUUCCUCAAAGACUGUCCAUCACCAUCAGACUUAUUCUCAGAGACCAUCAGAGAUGUCUACAAGUAUAGGUCUUCUAAAGUCCAGGAAUACAGUACCUGAUUGGGAUUAUAUUAUUCCUACCUGUCUGUGUAGCCAGAAGAACUGUCUGUGUAGCCAGAAGAACUGUCUGUGUAGCCAGAAGAACUGUCUGUGUAGCCAGAAGAACUGUCUGUGUAGCCAGAAGAACUGUCUGUGUAGCCAGAAGAACUGUCUGUGUGUUGGGAACAGUAUCACGGAUACAGUGAUCACGGAUACAGUGAUUAACACAAUUCAUAAGGACUUGAAAACAUUGCAUAACAAUGGCAAAACGGAGGAAUCUAGAAUAAAGCCUGUUCCCAGAUCUCAAUCUGGAGAGAACAAAGGGGUCAACAACAACAAGAGGAAAGCAGUCAACAACAACACUCUACCAGACAUUUGCGUACAGGUUGUGUUGCUGUCCACCAAUAACCACCUCUUAAACCCGAAACAGAACCUCAACUCAGACAUUGUGACGCCAUCAUCACGCCCUGACAUAAAGCGCCCUCUUCCUCAGAGAACGCAUAGCAAUGAAACCAACGGUAACGUCGUCGCCACCUCCUCUAAUGCCAUUGGUCACGGAGAACAGGAAGAUCCCACCAGCUCCACAGGGAUUGUCAGAGACACUGGCACAUCCAAUCAAAACCCAGCUGCCCCUAGGAAGCCCCUCCCUGUCCCAGUACCACGGAAACCCAGGAAGUCUGCUCUGGUUGGACAGGAAGUCCCAGAGGAGGGGAGGCAAGGGAGGGAAACGACUGUCAGAAAGGUGUCACUGGAGAGGAAGAGCAGCCCAACUCUGUCUGUCAACGCACCUGCUUCUCGGGCACACAACAUUGCAGAAAGUCCUGCCAGUACAAAUGAUAGCUGGGAGGGUCUCCCAUCCUCCAGGACACCCGGCCUGCCACCUGUUCCUGCUCCUCCUCCCAGAAAGGAAGCCUUUCUUUCUGAACCUGAGAGAGGAGCACCGACCUCCUCUGCCACCUCCUCUCAGCACCUCCUCCCCACCUCCUCCCCUCUGCACCUCCUCUCCUCCUCUCAGCACCUCCUCCCCACCUCCUCCCCUCUGCACCUCCUCCCCUCCUCUUCCUGUCUACACCUCCCUCAGGAUGUAGAGGAGGAAGAGCUGAGAUGGGUGGAUGACGGUGUCUAUGAACUGGAGUGUUCAGUGGACAAGGAAGAGGAGGAGGAAGGGAGGAAUGAAGAGGAGGAGAUCCAUGGUGAGAUUAGUUGUCAUCCUCUCUCAACCAGUCUUUCCAACCAGCUGGAGCUCAGCUCCAACUGCCACUUUCCCCUCACCUUAACAACCACAGGGAGUUACAAAGAAAACGCGAGUGCUCUAAACAAGAUGGCCGGCUUCCCCAAGAAACCGCAGAGACGCAGCUCCCCAGCAGCAAGGGUACUGAAGAAUGYACUGUCAGAAGAGAGAGAAGUGGCGGAACGAAAGACUUCCGAUAGUGACGAUGAUGGAGGUGCCCUCACCAAGGCCACGAAAGCUAUGAGAAAGCUCCCUGCAACCCCAGGAGAGGAUAAACCAAAAAGGAACAGCAUCUUUCAGACGCUGGUGUCUCCUGUAUCCCGUAAGAGGAGCACGGACAACACACAGACAAAGGGCAGCUCGCCAACAGAUGAAACGCUGUCACCAUCCAAGCCCUUCAGCCUGGGGAAACAGAAGGCCAAGUCCUUCUCCUCUGCCGACCUGACCCCUUCUGAGGGACAGAAACGGAACUCUUUCCGGAGGCUUCUCGAUCUGAAACUCUCUGUCAAGAUGCUGCCCAAGCUGCUAACCAAGGGAGGCCAGUCUCUAGACAGCACUGCAGCUGAGGCAGAACAAUAUGGGGAUGAUGUAUUCCAAGACAGUGGCGUCUGUUUCCAGGAACGCCUGGGCAUUCGGGUGGGGGACGCCCACAAGUUCUCCUGUCCCCAGCUGGGGGUGAUCGGGGUUGGGGCGGAGCAGAGCGUGGACGGGGAUGAGAUCCACUACCCCGGAGCGGAGCAGGCUGUGGAGUAUGAAAAUGUACCCUAUUACGAGGCGAUACCUGAUUAUUUUAACCAGCCUGUUGGACUAGGAUUACGGGGGAGUGAGCUGGGGGUGGGUACACCACCGGACCAGUCGGAGUGCCACAACCACCUGUAUGAUAAUGCCAAUAUCUACGAGGAACAGGAGCCGUACCAUCCCCUGAAGAGAUGCAGUGAACAGCACAGCAGCACGGAGAGGAGUUCUAUAGAUGAGGAUGUUGGCCCGCUAGAUGGUCAGUCGGAUGAGGACGUCAUGGUUCAGAGUUCGGAUGAAGAGGAUGAUGAGAGUUCCUCCUCUAGCAAAGGAGAACCUGAGAAGCCUGAGGAGCCUGAGGAGAGGGAGGCUGGCAGUGGUGCCAAGCGGAACAAGAUAGUCCAUAUCGCCAGAGAGAUCAUGAGCUCCGAGAAUGUAUUUGUCAACGUCCUGAAGCUUCUCCAUAUCGACUUCCGUGACGCGGUGGCGAAGGCUUCUCGUCCGAGUGGGAAGCCUAUUAUAGAGGAAGCUAUUCUGAACCAGAUCCUGUACUAUCUGCCCCAGCUCUACGAACUGAACCAGGACCUGCUCAGAGAGCUGGAGGACAGGGUGGCCCAGUGGGACGAACAUGGUCGUCUAGCGGACGUCUUUGUGAAGAAAGGGCCUUAUCUGAAGAUGUAUUCCACAUACAUCAGAGAGUUUGACAAGAAUGUGGCCCUACUAGACGAGCAUAGCAGGAAGAAUCCAGCCUUCGCUGCAGUGGUGCGGGAAUUUGAGGCUGGUCCUCGCUGUGCCAGCCUGGCUCUGAGGCAUUACCUGCUGAAACCUGUUCAGAGGAUCCCUCAAUAUCAGAUGCUGCUCACAGACUACCUGAAGAACCUGUCUCCAGACUCGGCAGAUUACAAAGACACACAAGCUGCUCUGGGCAUCGUGAAGGAGGUGGCCAACCAUGCCAAUGACAUCAUGAAACAYGGGGAUAACUUCCAGAAGCUGAUUCAGGUUCAGUGCCGUCUGAACGGACACCGUGAGAUCGUCCUGCCUGGGAGGGUGUUCCUGAAAGAGGGUGUUCUGAUGAAGCUCUCCAGGAAGGUCAUGCAGCCCAGGAUGUUCUUCCUGUUCAACGACACAUUGCUGUACACCACACCUGUUCAAUCUGGCCAGUUCAAACUCAACAACAUGCUGUCUCUGACUGGGAUGAAGGUCAGCAAGCCCAGCCAAGAGGCCUUUCAGAAUGAGCUGACCAUUGAGAGUGUGGAACGCUCCUUCAUACUCUCUGGCAGUUCUGCGGUUGAGAGAGAUGAUUGGCUGGAGGCCAUCUCCACAGCGAUCAAUGACUACACCAGGAAGAAGAUUUCCUUCAUCUCCAGCAAGACUCUGGAGGAGACUGGGUCUGAGGACAGUGACAGUGGAGCCUCUUUGGGUUCUAAGGCCCCUAUCUGGAUCCCAGACCCAAGGGCCACCAUGUGUAUGGUCUGUACCUGUGAGUUCACCCUCACCUGGAGACGACACCACUGCCGAGCCUGUGGAAAGGUGGUGUGCCAGUCCUGCUCCUCCAACAAACACUGUCUGGAGUAUCUGAAGAACCAGCUGGCCAGAGUGUGUGAUCAGUGCUUUAUUGUACUACAGCAGCAGAGAAGUGAAAAGGCCCUGUCUGCAACUCUCUCCCCUGGUGGAAAAUCCUCCUUUGCUUUCACCAGGAAAACGAAGAAGAUCCCUGCUGCCCUCAAGGAGGUGACAGCAAACACAGACAACUCGUCUAUGAGUGGUUACCUGCAGAGGUCAAAGGGCAAUAAGAAGCAGGGGAAGAGGCUUUGGUUCGUCAUCAAGAACAAAGUCCUGUAUACGUACGCUGCCAGUGAGGACGUGGCAGCGUUAGAGAGCCAGCCAUUGCUGGGCUUCAUGUUGAAAGAGGAGGAAGAGGGGGCAGGACCGGCAGUUCAGAAGCAGCAGUUCAAGCUCUAUCACAAAAACACGCUGCAUUACAUUUUCAAGGCAGACGACAGCCAAACUGCCCAAAGAUGGAUAGAUGCGUUCAAGGAAGCCAUGGUGCUCUAACCAUCAUUCCCUGUGCCUGCAGUCGAUGCACUGUACCUAAGCAGUGACCUUAUGAAGGUGUGGCCGUGUCACUGCUUGAUGAUGUGAAUUUUGUAAUUGUAUUGUAAUACAAUGAAUAUGUCUCUACUGAAAAACAAUAAGAGCACAGUGGAGGCAUUAAUUUCUGAUGCAAGCAUACCUAUAUCCCCAAUGAAGGAUUUCUAAGCAAAAAUGAAAUACACAUUUUUACUGUUGAUAUGAUGCAGAUUUUUGGGGUGGGAUUAUGGGUCAUAGAACACAGGUGGGUCGUUCCAUCAAUUAGGUGCCAUUUUGAGCAGUGUAACGUGGUGAAACAAAACGUUUGAUUUCACCUCAUUUGAACAUUUUAUCAUGAAGAGCACAUGUUCAACUUCAGAAAAAA